AUGCAGUACGCCACCCUCGCUGCUCUCUUUUUCGCCUCGGCGGCAGUUGCUGCCCCGGCUCCUGAGCCUACCGCUACCUCUACCUCGGACUCCUACGAUGACUACGAUGAUUACUCCGAUUCCUACGGUCUUGGCGGCGAGGUCCCCAGCUCCAUCAGCUCCAUCGUCAUGGCCAUCGAGUCUGCCGUGCCCACCGAGUGGCUCAUGAGCAUGUACACCCACUCCGGCUUCGCCAAUGCCGAGGCCAGCCGCAUCGCCAACGGCGACUUCCCCGACUGGGUCAGCGACGUGCCCGAGGUCGCCCAGACCUACUUCGAGGAGGAGCUCCAGGGUGAGGCCUCCACCUACCUCAGCUACAUCGCCACCGCGACCGACGACCUGUUCGCGACUGCCACCGACGAUGCUUCGUCCUCUGCAACCGAUAUUGUCGGUUCCGGCUUGCGGUCCAUCGCUACCUCUCUCGUAGUCCAGACCACCAUCGGCAGCUCUUCCUCCCACUCCGCUGCCUCUACCACCGAGGCUUCCACCUCCGGCAGCGCUUCGGGCUCCGCUUCCCCCACCAGUGAGGCCACCUCGACCUCCACUGCUGGAGCUCCUGCUGCCACUGGCGGUAUUGCCAUGAGCCUUGCUGGUGCAGCCGGUGUUCUGGGCCUUGCCCUUGCCCUCUAG